AUCUGGGGACAGUAAAAACCUGCAGGACAUGGAGCACAUGUCGUCUCCAGUCAGAUUCCGCAGCGGUAAAAAAGCUGCAAUGCUGUCAGAGAAGCAGACCUGCAAUGAAUUCUGACAAAGUUGUUACAGAGCAAUCCAGUCUGUCCAUCGAGGACCAGGAUGACCUAAAGUCUCCUUACGCUAUGAGAGAUCUGCCGCCCGUCUCUCACUCUCCCCAACAGCUUCAAAUGUCCGACCAUCAAAAGGCUGAGGAUGCUCUGACAACAUCCAAUGGAAGACUUCCCAGCUUUGCAGGAACUCCCCCUCCCUUCCGCCCCAUCACCAGCCCCCCGAUUGGCUCUCCAACGGUCCCUCCCAGACCAGCCCGCCCCAGACCCGACUCCCAGCCUCUGUCGCUGAGGAAUCCACUGGUUUCUCAAGUGUCUUGGGACUCUCCCCUCAGCCCAGCCUCACGGCCGCGCAGCCCCUGGGGACGCUUUGACCCCUACGACUCUCCAGAGGACCAGGAUAAGGAGUAUGUGGGCUUUGCAACACUGCCCAACCAGGUUCACAGAAAGACAGUGAAGAAAGGCUUCACAUUUACACUUAUGGUGGCAGGGGAGACUGGCCUCGGCAAAUCCACACUCAUCAACACUCUGUUCCUCACCAACCUCUACAAGGACAGGAAAGUUCCAAAUGCUGAAGAGCGGAUCAAUCAGACCAUCGACAUCCUCAAACACAACGUGGGAAUCGAGGAGAAAGGAGUCAAACUGAUGCUCUCCAUCAUAGACACACCGGGGUUCGGAGAUGCAGUCAACAACACUGAGAGCUGGAAGCACAUAGAGGACUACAUAGACCAGCAGUUUGAACAAUUUUUCAAAGAUGAGAGCGGGCUGAAUAGAAAGAACAUCCAGGACAACAGAGUCCACUGCCUUCUCUACUUCAUCUCUCCAUUCGGUCACGGUCUCCGUCCUCUGGAUGUGGAGUGUCUGAUGGCUUUGCAUGAAAAGGUCAACAUCAUUCCUCUGCUGGCCAAAGCCGACAGCUUGACGCACGAGGAGCUCUGCAGGAAGAAGAUGAAGAUCAGAGAAGACAUCAGGCGGUUAGGGAUAAACAUCUACCAGUUUCCGGAGUGUGAGUCCGAUGACGAUGAAGACUUCAAGGCCCACGAAGAACUCCUCAGGGACAGCAUCCCUUUUGCCGUGAUUGGAAGUAACGUCCAGAUGGAGAGCAAAGGUCACAAGUUCAGGGGGCGGUCCUACCCGUGGGGCGUGGUAGAUGUGGAGAAUCCGGAGCACUCGGACUUCCUGCUGCUCAGGAACAUGUUGGUGAGGACACACAUGCAGGAUCUGAAGGACGUGACGCGGGAGACGCACUAUGAGAACUACAGGGCCCAGUGCAUCCAGAGCAUGACGCGCCGGAUGGUGCUGGAGAAAAAACGUAGCUUGCACGAGAAGUACAGAGAGGAGAGCGAGGUAGCUUUUCCUCUGCCGAUGGCAGCUAUUGACACUGAGAAGGAGAGGCAGAUCUUUGAGAAAGAUGAAGAGCUGAGGAGGAUGCAGGAGGUGCUGGAGAGGAUUCAGGAGCAGAUGCAACACAGCAAUACAAGCAGCUGCUGACUCUCCCAUGACCCCCCACCCCCCUUCCCCUUCCUGAAUCCCCCCAAACAGAUGAGCCGGACCUGGAGAUAGACCCAGACUCACCCCAACCCCCCCUUUACUCUGACCUGGACCCUAGGAAUGGGCGAUAUUUUACCGUUCACGAUAUACCGUCAAAAUAAUUCCCCACGGUAAGAAUUUGUCACAUCGCGGUAAAAACGAUAAAUUCCCGUUGAUGACGUUUUUGUGUAAAGCUGAUUUAUGGUUCUGCGUUAAA